GAGGCGGGGGAAGAUGGCGCUGGGCAGUGCGGUGUUGUGCCGGUUGCUGCACCUGCCGGCCGGGGGCUGCCUCGCGCUGCGGCUGUUCCUGCUGCUCCUCCUCUGCGGACAGCUCGGGGGAGGACAGAAGAAGAAGGAGAACCUUUUGGCCGAGAAGGUGGAACAGCUGAUGGAGUGGAGCUCGAGGCGCUCAGUCGUCCGCAUGAACGGAGACAAAUUCCGAAGAUUUGUGAAGGCUCCACCUCGGAACUACUCCGUCAUAGUGAUGUUCACUGCUCUCCAGCCGCAGCGGCAGUGCUCUGUUUGCAGGCAAGCUAAUGAAGAGUACCAGGUGCUGGCCAACUCAUGGCGCUAUUCAUCUGCUUUUUCAAACAAGCUGUUUUUCACAAUUGUGGAUUAUGAUGAAGGGGCAGAUGUUUUUCAACAGCUGAAUAUGAACUCUGCUCCGACUUUCAUGCAUUUUCCUCCGAAAGGCAAACCCAAGAGAGCUGACACRUUUGACCUGCAGAGAAUCGGAUUUGCAGCUGAGCAGCUAGCUAAAUGGAUAGCUGACAGAACAGAUGUUCAUAUUAGAGUAUUCAGGCCUCCUAACUAUUCUGGUACGAUUGCACUGGCUCUUCUGGUAUCUCUUGUUGGUGGCUUGUUAUAUCUGCGAAGAAACAACUUGGAAUUCAUCUAUAACAAGACUGGCUGGGCCAUGGCAGCUCUGUGUGUUGUGUUUGCUAUGACCUCUGGUCAAAUGUGGAAUCACAUCCGUGGACCCCCUUACGCUCAUAAAAAUCCUCAGAACGGACAAGUGAGUUACAUACACGGAAGCAGUCAGGCUCAGUUUGUUGCGGAGUCACAUAUUAUUCUUCUACUAAAUGCUGCUAUCACCAUGGGAAUGGUACUCCUGAAUGAAGCUGCUACAUCCAAAGGCGAUGUUGGGAAAAGGAGAAUAAUCUGCCUGGUAGGCCUCGGUCUGGUGGUCUUUUUCUUCAGCUUCCUGUUGUCAAUAUUCCGCUCCAAAUACCAUGGCUACCCCUAUAGCUUCUUAAUUAAAUGAAAUCAAGAGGGAUUCAUUUAGAGCUGUUUCCUGAAGAUAAGCUGUUACUUAUUAUCUGAUUACCAAUGUUACAUGUAUUCAAGAAUAUUUUAUUGGUUUAUCUGUUUUUGUGAUAAGUUAUAUAGUAUGCUGACAGACACAUGAGUGCAGUUUUAUGCAAUGAAUGCUUAAUUUAUAGAAAUGUACCAUAAAGAUCCUAUUAGAAAGUGUUAAAAUUAUUCAUAGAGUAUACACAAUGGUCAAACAUUCAAAUAAAGUUCAUUAUAAUGG